GGUUGUAAAAGCUUCCCAAGCAAAAUGACUCCAGCUUCGGAGUCGUUCGCUGCUGUUCUCCAGAGUUUCGAGGUGUUCCGAGGGGACAUUCGUUGUAACGGGGAGUCGAGUAUACUGGCUAUAACGCUCCCAGGGCAUUAUGAUCGUCAUUAUCAUGGGGGUGUCAGGCUGCGGCAAAUCCACACUAGGAACCUUACUCUCAGAAAAGCUGGGCUGGCCGCUGUAUGAAGGAGACGACUUCCACCCUCCAGAGAACAUCGACAAGAUGGCUCGCGGGGAGGCUCUCACAGACCAGGACAGAUUCCCGUGGCUCCAUAAGCUCCACCAAGCCACUGUCAAAGCAAGGCGAUCGUCCUCUGAUGCCAUCGUGGUUUGCUCAGCCCUGAAGAGACUCUACAGGCUGAUCCUUCUCCAUGGCCGCCAAGCACUCACUUCCUCUUCCUGUACGGAGCGAGAAGCCCUGCCUCCGUCCCUGCCCGGGGUUUACUUCCUCUUCCUGAAUGGCGAACUAUGAGCUCAUCCACCAGAGGAUGGUGGCCAGAAGUGGACAUUACAUGCGGGCGGACAUGCUGCAGUCCCAGUUCUCUGCUCUGGAGCCACCAGGAGCUGAGGAGAGGGGUGUUUGACCGUGGGACAUAAGAAAGGAACAUCGGGGACAUCGUCACCGAGGUUGUGAAUCUCCUCAGCCUCAGGGCUCCCCCUUGAAGGGGUUACCGAGGGAGCAGACCAUAAUCGCUCAGUGAGUGUUCACUGGGAACUGCUUGGAGAACUAGCGUGACACAUGCAGAAUUGGUUUUCCCUCCUUGCGGUCCUGACCUCAGCAGUGCGCCGGAGGGCAAGUGAAUACUUGAGUUAAUUAUUAAUGCAUUUGUUUUCGAAAAUUAUACUGACUUUACUUGAAUUUUCACAUCCUUUCCAUUUGUAAAAAAUCACGAGAUCAUGCAACUGAGCUAAUUGGACAAGCUGUGUGGUGUGUGUGUGUGUGUGUGUGUGUGUGUGUGUGUGUGUGUGUGUGUGUGUGUGUGUGUGUGGUGUGUGUGUGUGUAUCACCAACAUGGUCAGAUGCCCUUGAUGAGGCAUUGAACCCCAAAACUCCACAUAGCGAGGGGGUCCCUGUAUUAUGCAUGCUACAGCUGCUUUUGUCCCAUGAGAUCAUCUUCGAACCCGCAACCCAGAUAUUUCAGGAGCCUCUAAUCCUGACAAAAACCUUGAGGCUGUUCUCAUAUCCCACAUUCAAACCAUCUGAAAACACACACACAAUUCGUUAUUUGGGUCUUAUUUCUGUUAUUUGUUACAUUUUUACACACCUGAUCACAGAUUUCGUCAUGAUUUAAACACAUCAAAAAGAGAAAAGAAUGAUCAAAGAAAGAAAAAAACAUGCUAUUAAAUUUUACUAUUGUCUUACUCUAGUCUAAGGGUUUGUUAUGCUGCUCAGCAGUUUUUAGUUAUUAAUGUACAAUUAUCAAACCAAAUCACUUGGUUGUAAACUGAG